AUGGCUAUUCCUGACGCUCAAAUUCAUCCCGUUGCUACUGGCGCUGCUGCCGCCUUGGUAGAAGCGCACCAAGCCCCUCAAGAGUUGGUCUUUUAUGCUGGAUGGUUCUGCCCAUUCGUUCAGCGAACUUGGAUUGCUUUGGAAGAGAAGAAAGUUCCUUAUCAGUACAAAGAAGUCAAUCCUUACAAGAAGGAACCAGAGUUCCUCGCAAUCAACCCCAAAGGCCUCGUUCCGGCACUCGCAUACAAGGGAAGGGCAUUGUACGAGUCCCUCAUCCUGUGUGAAUUCCUUGAGGACGCCUUCCCAAACCACACCAAACUCCUCCCAGAUGACCCUGUCGAAAAGGCACACGCCCGAAUCUGGAUAGAUCACCUCUCCAAGACCUAUGUCCCCGCCUCACAUCGCCUCUUGCAAGCCCAGACACCCGAGAAAGUCAAAGAAGGGCGCGAUGAAGUGGUUGAUUCUCUCCGCAAGUUUAGUGAGCAAAUCAGGGGCCCGUUCUUCCUUGGUGAAACGUUUAGCCUGGUUGAUGUGGCUGUUGCGCCUUGGAUUGCGAGGGACUAUAUUCUGAGGGAGCAUCGGGGCUUUGAUAGGAAGGACGUUGGACCAAAGUGGGAGGAGUAUGCCAAGUUGAUUGAGAGCAGGCCGUCGGUGGUCCAGACUUCUAGCGAUCGGGAACAUCUCGAUGUAAUCUAUGGUCGCUACUUGCGUGACGAGGCGCAGAGCGAGGCUGCCAAAGCCAUCCGAGCUGGUCGCGUCAUUCCUUGAGCUCUUCCAAACUAAGGAUGUCGAAUCCCUCAUUCAGAAGUAUCACAUCACGCCAUAAAUAGUAACAAGCAGAGCAAUUGUGGAACUGGGAAGAAUUGAAAGUGCUAUUGUACAAAA